AAUGCCCGCCACGGUAACUCAACUAGCAACUUAUCUGUACACAAUCACAGUGCAGAUAUUUCUUCAACAAUGUCCUCUAAGUCUCCUCACGGACUAUACCAGCAGCUGUACCAUCACAACAGCCUCACAAACAAAUUAUGAUUUUAUUAUAAUAGGCGGAGGGACUUCUGGAUUGGUUUUAGCUAAUCGCCUAAGUUACAACAGCGCGAUAAAAGUGCUUGUGGUAGAAGCUGGUAUGCCUCCAAGUAACUAUUCGGAAAUGCCAAUGGAAUAUCAACAUUUAAACUUUCCCGUAAGCGCACAUGAUUGGAAUUUUAAAACUCAACCUGGGGACUAUUGUAAUGGGUACCCUGAUGGUUGUGUCUUCCAUCAAGGUCGUGGUAUUGGUGGUUCAAGUCUAAUCUCAAACAUGAUACAAUACGAAGGCAACUCAGUAGAUUUUGAUCGAUGGAACAUUUCACUCUGGAAUUGGUCUAUCCUCUCCCAAGAAUUAUUAAAAAUUAAUCUCUUGAAUGGUUCAACAGCUACUAAUGGAUACAUGGAGGUGUCCUACCCACAUAGCACAAGUGAACUCAUAAACAAAACCACUGAGGCAUUCGCAAAUCUCACUUUACCACUACAUAUGCUGCAAGGGUCAAGAAUGGGUUAUUAUGAAGUUCCAGCUUAUGUAAAAUCCGGUAGGAGAUUCAGUGUUGCCAAAGGGUACCUUGCCCCAAUAAUAACCAGGAGUAAUCUAUGUGUGCUCUAUAAUACAAGGGCAACAAAAAUUAAUAUAGAUUUUCAAACUAAACUAGCAAAAUCUGUCGAAGUUAAAAAUUCAAGUAAUGCUGUUUUUACUAUGCAAACAACAAGAGAAGUUAUUCUAAGUGCGGGUACCAUCAAUUCCCCUAAAUUAUUAAUGCUUAGUGGGAUAGGUCCCAUGGAUGAUUUAUUAGCAAAGGGUUUACCAGUAAUGGUACCUUUAGAAGGAGUUGGAAAAAAACCUACAUGA